AUGGCCGUGGCAAUGAUCCACUACUCAAACUCAAUAGCUGAUGCAAUGUCUUUCAAACUAAGAGCUGUCCGGAACUUGUCAAUAUCGCUCGGUAAUGGUAGGAGGUCAAUAUGCCCAUCGACUAGACAAGUUCAACUUGCAGCAGUAAUGAUGCUCUGCGUUUACGAUGUUCCUGAUAAUGCACAGGUCUUUGAUAGAGAAGAGCACAACUGGCACAUUCAUGUGAACGGGGCGAAGGAGAUCAUAAGGCGACAGCGCUUCAUUGACACACCUGAUCCAAGCUCGGAUUUUCUACUUACUUGGUGGUUGUACCACGAUGUUCUGGCUACUUUUAACCAUCCAUCAUGGAGACGCAACGAAAGCCCUGGUUCCGUUUCACCAUCUGCUCUACAAGAUUUCAGUGGCGACAAGUCUCUCAUCGUGGGAUCCUUGGGCUGUUCUGUUGAAGUCCUUGAGAUCAUUGAUGAGAUCAACAAUAUGCGCCUGUCCUCCCCGCAAGGGUGCAUGAACACAUCGACAUCGCAAAGGUGCGAUUUAGCAACGAAGCUUUACCACCUCCGGCAAUUACUUGCUCCUAUUGAGAGUUCUGAUAGUCUGAGAUCACAUCGCAUCUUGGCUAUCGCUGAGUUGUAUCGCCUGGCGACACUGCUCUAUCUCCAGCGCGUGCAUCCCAUCAUGGAAGAUGAUGAUAUCACUCGCCCCACUUACGUGCAACACGCUCUGGAAAUACUGGCAAGGUUAGACGUCGCAACCAGUCCAUGGCCAGUAUUUGUCAUCGCAUGUGAAGUCGAUGAGCAAGACCGCGUCAACAUCCUUUAUACGCUUGACAGAAUGGACAGUGUAAGAAGCAUUGGGAACAUAAAGGUUCUACGGGAUGUCAUUGAGGGUAUCUGGAAACAAGAGGACCUUCGGAACAUCGGAAAAGCUGGGCAACGUGUCGAUUGGUUGCAGUUUGUAGAGUGCGAUGUUCCGGUCCCGUGGUUUAUCUAG